GGAGGGGUGUGCAGGCCAAGACACAUCUGGUGGGUGGGACAAGAUGCUACCUGUUCAGCGAGACCGACUGUGAUUGGCUCUUGGGAGCUGUCAAUCAAUAACCAAAUCCAGGUUGAAGCGGCUCACCUGAAAGCGGCACGCAGAUUAAUGAAGACGGGUUUCGGUGUUGUCCUUGCUUUCCACAAGGCCACAGUCCAAGUCAACUUUCUGGCCAUGGAGACAAGAAUUUUCAGCAUCACACUUCUUUAUCUGACGGUGAUGUGUGUUGGUGCCUUGCAAGUGAGCAUCCCAGAAGAUCGCUAUGAGUAUGCCAGAGGUGACAACGUAACGUUGCCAUGCUCGUUUCAAUCUACAUUCACCAGGCCACCACUAGUAGUCAUCAGCUGGUCUGUGGAAGGAUUAGAAGCUAAUGCUGAUGAGAAAGUGAUUGCCACUUAUUACUCUGCUGGUGCAUUGACGGACAUCAAAGAAGCCUACAAAAAACAUGUGUCAAUGGAUGUGGACCUGGCUACGGGAAAGGGCAACUUGAAAAUUUCAUCGAUCACACUUGCGGACAAUAAAGAAUUUGAGUGCCGCGUCCAGAUCCCAGGCGACACGGAGGGCACGCUUUUUGACACUGUUCGCUUGGUGGUUCUAGUGGCUCCAUCGACACCCAUCUGUAAGAUCCAGGGGAAACCACAAUAUGGCCAGAACAUCAACCUGACCUGUCACUCAGAGGAAGGCUCACCACCACCCAAAUAUGAGUGGACCAGUCUUAAUGCGCGCAGUGUUCCCCAUAAGAAAGAUCCAAGGACUACCGACAUUGGUGGCAUCCUGUCUCUCUUCAACAUCACCAAAGAGACAUCAGGAUACUACACCUGUACCUCAAGCAACAAGAUCCGUUCUGCCAGCUGCAACAUCACCCUCACAGUCAUGCCAGCAUCCAUGAACAUCGGCUCCACAGCAGGAAUAAUUGCAGGAGUCGUCGCGUUGCUGAUCAUCCUGGUCGUCAUAAUCUACUGCGUGUGCUGCCGCAAGAAGAAAGAGGAAGAAGAGGAAUACGCAAUGGGAGUUCGUGAGGAAGGGCCCCGUGACAAAGUGCCUGACAGGAAUGGAGCUGAGAGGUCAGUGGAUAGAUAUAUCGACGACGACGAUGAGUCCAGUGUGAGGGCCCCACUUCAGGAGCAGGACAAGGGACGACGCGAACGUGACGACAACCCACGACGGGAUUCUGACGAUCGCCGUAAUGACUAUAACGACCGUCGCAGGUAUGACGACGAUCGCCGUAGCGACUAUGACGAUCGCCGUAGCGACUACGACGACCGUCGGAGCGAUUACACCGAUCGGCGGAGCGACUAUUCGGAUGCACGUGACAAGUACAAUGACCGCCGUGAGCGCUAUGACGACGAUGAUGAUCGCCGUGGCAACUGUACAGAUCCCCGCGAUAGGUACCAUGAUCGCUACGAUGAUGACAAUAACGGCGACAGAGAUCGGCGCUACCGUGAUGACCACCGCUACGAUGAACCUUAUGAUGCUCGGGACAGGCCUCCUCCUGUUCCAUCCGAUAAGCCGCGCAGAAGAGAUGACUAAGCCUCCCGGGUGCAUUGAUCACCAUCCUUCAUCUUGAUGGCCCCUCUCCCCAACAGGACUUUCACACUGUAGGAACUCAUUCGGAAUCAGUUUAAAAGGUGGGGCUGUCUUUUUUAUCCCUGAUAUGGGCUUGCCACUUUCCUGGGCUGAUUAAAAUAUUGACAACUACAAACAACCCACGGAAUUGGUAUCCAAUCUAUAACAUUUAUUCUUGGCUAAAUACUAAAGGUGGGGUGGCAAACUACGUAAAGUUUCUGGAAAAUUCCAAUGGGAAUUCAAGAGAGGGAAUUUUGGACAAUGAGCCCUGCUGGGAAUCGAAAGUCUGCAAGUAAUGGAGUCAAAACACAAUUUUGGUUGAAAUGAAAAUCAUCAACAUAGUUCUUUUGAACUAAAAAAUAAUAUUCAUACUGAACGGCAAAUUUGCUGGGUUUCACUCUAUUCCAACUUGGUAUCUUUAAAUUGAAAUGAGAAUUUGCAUAAAAUUAAAAGUAAUUUAACAGACAUCUCUGUGUUGGAACUCUGAAGCCAGCUUGACUUCUAUACAGACGAAAAUAGUGCUUCGCCAUCGUCUUGUGGCACGUUGGUGUUAAGGAAAUGCCUUUUCUUUUUACUGUGGCUCCUUAAAACGCAUCUUACUGUGAGCGUCUACCUCGACUUGUUUUGUAUCAUCUCAACAAUGGCUACACUGACAUCUCUCUUGUAUUGCCAUCUAUUUUCUAGUGUGUUUUUCCUUAUUAGGGUCACAAGUCCGUGGAAGUAGUUGUAUUACUCCAAUGAGAGAAAAUGCUAUAGUCUAUUUCCCUAGUUUUUUUUAGAACUUUUCACACAUGUCAACCCACAAAACAGAAUUCCAUGUAUCCUUAAGUCCCAUAUAUUCAGAUCUUUUAAAAACAAAUUGCUAAUUGUUAUGUGAGUGUAUCUGUAAAGAACUUUUUUUUUUUGUUAGCAUACUGUAUGCAGGAUUUUAGUGUUCUUGGCUGAGGCCUGUGUGUUGCGUUUCACAUGUGUGAGUGUAAUUUUACUGCAGUUUGGUCACAUUCCAAACAGAGUGGCAAAGCUUUCACGUUCUCUGCCUCUGUGAUUAAACAUGGGUGUAGUGUAUUUCUAGUUAGACGCUGUUGGGAUACAAUGAAUAGCAUGUGUCUGUCAUUUUAUUUGGGUGCAAGUCUCUCAGAAAGGCUAGCAUUGUUUUUAUAGACUUGUUUUAUAUGGAAAUAAACAGUUUUGUCGUUCAGCUUUAGUAAAUAUGUUUUCCACGUGUGUAAUGUUUUGUAAAACUCCUGUUUGUAAAUUGUGUUCCAUAUGAAAUAAAAUCAGGCUGAAAGACU